AUGUCUCUGAUCACGGAAGAGAUCAAAGCCAAGUCAGAGAUGUACUAUGGAGAUGAAAUGUGCCAAAUCAAGUCCAAGGAACUGCUCGGGGAAAUAAGCAUGCCCAAUGGCCUUUUGCCAUUGAAAGAUAUAGAAGAAUGUGGAUACCAUAGGGAGAGUGGGUUUGUGUGGCUAAAGCAGAAAGCCAGCUAUGACCACAAGUUUGUGAAAGUUGAUAGGCAUGUGAUUUAUGGUACUGAGGUCACAGCCACUGUUGAGGUUGGUAAGAUCAAGAAGCUUACUGGUGUGAAGGUGAAGGAGCUCUUAAUGUGGCUUCCUCUUCAUGAAAUCGUUAUGGAUGAACCACCUACUGGCAAAAUCACCUUCAGGGCUGUUACAGGGCUUUUCAGGACAUUCCCUGCUUCAGCUUUUGAAAUUGAAGGGGAAGUAAAGGAUGUGAAGGAAGAAAACAAAGAUGAAGUCAAAGAAACUGCACCUGCUGCUGCUGCUCCUGUUGAAGUCAAAGAGGUCUGA